AUGAGAAUGUUAAAAGGAGCAUAUCUGCAUGCCUCUGAUACUGAUGUGGGAUGGACAGGUGGAGGAUUAAAUGAACCGACUGAUGGGGAAGCCUCUGUUGAUCAUCUGGUUUUUGGCAGUAGUGUUGGACCUGGUGCUACUCCGAGCAGUGACAACAAGAAAAAGGAGCCUCAUUUGUGUGCCUGUUGGUGCCCAGGAUGGGCAGAAAUAUAUGUUAGGCAACCCACUGGGAAUGUGACCUGGAUGAUGAGACUUAUGAACAAUGUGACAGUAGAAACAGGAGAGGAGCUUCCUUUAAAUAUCUUGAGUAAUCUUAUUGUACCUCUAACUUCAAUUGAGUCUAGCGAGCUUGCCAUGUCAGUCUUCUCUCACCAGGAAGAUGAGAAAAAUGAGGAACUCUUAGGCCAACACUUUGAAGACUCCAGACCACGGGCAUUUUCUGGUGCCUCAGACAAGACACAAGACUCGGAUCUUGGCUCUCAGAGAGAUUCUAGUGGUUGUAGCAGCGGUGCGCCAUCUCAUGCAUCAUCUGACCUUCGGAUCAAUGCUGCUGAUCCAGGGGAUGACACCAGAGGCAGUUCACCUCUGACUAAUACAAGCACAUCUGGUGAGACUCCUGAUGACCCUCGUGUUCCUGUUCAGCGUUGCCAUUCAAGUCCAGAAAUGAGUGAGGGUGUAGUAGCUGGAGGAGAAUCUAGUCAGCAACCUUUUCUUGACACAGUGACUAAAGUUCCUACUUCUCCAAGUAUAUCACCAGGACUCUCAGAAACUGCACCAGUUACAUCUACAACAAGACAGGCAAAAUCAAAGCCCAGGUUUGUUCCGAAGUCAAGUGUUCUUUUUUUUUACUAAGUUGUCUGUCAUUUU